CAAAGCCGGAGAGCACAAAUGCAAAAAUGUGCAACCAGUGGCCAAGGCGGAAGGGGGAGGAAACGGGUGGGCGCAAGCGUCAGCUGCACCAAACGUCUCCACAAGAAAACCCCAAGGCAGUCCCCAAAAAGCCCAAGGGUAGGGGCGAGAGUCGUGCAGAGGUCGGGCAAGCACCGUCCCAGAGCACGAAGAGACCGCGGGUGUCUUACGCCAAUGCCACCAAAUCAGUGAAGGUGGGCAUCUCGGCCGCUGACUACCCUAGCAGACUGCUGGCCAAGCAAGAAUUGACCAGCGUAGAGACGAUGCUGAUCAGGGAGUUGAGGAAAGGGUGGAGCACCAGCCUCAAUUUCAACAGCAUCAGAUUCAGGCCUGGUCUGAUAAUAGUUGAAUGCCGGGACGACAAUACCAGGGACUGGCUGGUAUCCGUCGUUCCCAAGUUGACUGCGGUAGAAGGAGUGCAGCUCAAAACCUGUAUGGGGGAGCAGCUUCCGGAACUAGAGGUAGUCUCAGUUCACUUACCGCGGUCAUCAGGCGAAGAGGAGCAAACGUCCGUGGACCUGUUGAAGAGGCAGAACUCUGACCUUCUCCCGGACACCUGGACGGUGCUCAAAUGCACUGACACAAGUGGGGGAAAGCUGGUGACCCUGGGUGUAGAGCAGCCUGCUCUACUGUUGCUCCAGCAAAACGGUAUGCUCCUGAACUACCGUUUUGGCCAGCUCCCAUGUCGGCUGCAUAAGAAAAAGGGCGCAGCAGCGACAGCGACACCCACAGCCGGGCCUAGCACCGAAGUGGCUGUCCCCGAUGCAGUCAACACGGUCGAGAGGGAUGCACUAGCUGAACUCGAGGCUGAGUUUGACAGCGCAUCACUGGCAGGCCUAGACCUGGAAGGGCUACAGGUGGGAGAGUCGGAGGACGGCAAAUCCGAAGACGAGCAGACGCUCGUCCCAGACACUGGACGACAGUUUAGAGCUGUCGGAGGAGGAGCCAGUCCUCUCAGAGGAAGAAUCUGCGGUCUGAACGACAAGAAUGUGCAGAGCAUACGAAACUCCGAGCACCUUCUGGAGGAUGUCCUGCGCUCUGCAGGAGGCUUGGUAGACUUUAACCUCCAUCUCCAGUGGGAGGCACAAUAG